CGAUGAAACAGACUUCGGUUCAUUGCCUUGAUAUGGCGUUUUAAAUUUUUAUAACUCGAAAUUGGAAAAAUUUUUGAGAAAUGGAUCGCAAAUUGCAGACCCAUCGAUCACAUUACUCCGGGUGCGUUUAAUAACGAUACGAGUGAAAUUGAAGAAAAACCACAAGGAAUCAAGUUAUUGGAACGGCGGUCGAAAAUGCAGCAUAACCUAAAAACUUCAGGUUUCUUGUAGAAGCAAAGAUGGCGGCCCCCUUGUGUCGUCUGGUGAAAAGUCUUUCCGCGAAUAAGAAUAUAUCGUACUCGCGCUGUGUCAUUUAUUUGAAUUCUAAGCGAAAUUUUGAAACGGGAAAUAGAAACGCUCACAGUGAAGAUGAAAAAAAAAUUGUGACUCGUAAACAAUGCUUUUUAACGUUCGGAAUCAUUGCUGCGACUGGUUUAGGUUACGCUCUUUACAAAUGGAAAAACGACUUGUUUAACUCGAUCGGCAUUUCGCGAUCUUUUUUACCGAUUGUAAAUGCUAAAUCUUUCUACACCGCGGACGUUAGCCAAAACAGAGAAAGGUACAACUUUAUCGCCGAUGUCGUUGAGAUAUCAGCGCCGUCUGUUGUUUACAUAGAAAUAAAAGAUCAGAAGAGGAUAGAUUUUUUCACAGGUAAACCAGCGACAACGAGCAACGGUUCUGGCUUCAUAGUCAAAGAAGACGGCUUGAUACUUACCAAUGCUCACGUUGUCAUUAAUAAACCAAACACCCUUGUCAAGGUAAACGUUCGACUUCAGGAUGGAUCUACUUAUACCGGAGUCGUCGAAGAUGUUGACAUGCAGAGCGAUCUCGCGACCGUACGGAUUGAAAAAAAAAAUUUGCCUGUCAUGAAACUGGGCAGUUCUUCGAGUAUAAGACCAGGAGAAUUCGUAGUUGCUAUAGGAUCGCCACUCUCUUUGAGUAAUACUAUAACAAGCGGCGUUGUGAGUAGCGUACACAGAGCGAGCGAAGAACUGGGCCUGAUCAACAAGAACAUGGGCUACAUUCAAACUGAUGCGGCCAUCACGUUUGGAAAUUCGGGUGGACCGUUAGUGAAUUUAAGCGGUGAAGCAAUUGGAAUAAACGCGAUGAAAGUGACUGCCGGAAUCUCGUUCGCGAUACCGAUCGAUUAUGCGAAAGAAUUUUUAAAGAGAUCCGAGUUACGACGUAAGAGCAAAGACUCAAUUCUUGUAGGUAUGGGCAAUACGUUCGAUUCGACGAGACGUCGUUACAUGGGAAUAACGAUGUUGACAUUGUCUCCCGACAUACUCUUCGAGUUACAACAAAGGAACAGCAAUAUCCCCAGCUCUAUCAGACACGGUGUUCUCGUAUGGAAAGUUAUGGUCGGAUCACCUGCUCAUGUGGGAGGUUUACAAGCGGGUGACAUAGUGACGCACGUGAACGAGGAGCCCGUGAUAACAGCAACGAGUAUAUACAAAGUUCUAGAGAAGCCAGGUUCGUUGAAUUUAAAAGUAUUGAGAAACGGUGAAAUUCUGCACGUGAGGAUCGAGCCGGAAGAUGUGUAGAGGUGAGGAAUAACGAUACAGAAAAGAGAAAGAGAAAAAACUACAUCUGUAUAGCUUGAAAUAUUACGGUUAACCGCAAGAACAUAAUUCCGGGAUCUGCUGCUAUGGAGAGUAUUGCGUGUUGUGUGUUCUCGGAGAAUUGUACUUUUGUAAUAUGGCAUUGAUACGUGUAUGCGAAUAUAACUCGUAUUAUUACGAUAAUAGUGUAUUGAGGACGGAAAAUGUACGAUUUAUCUGGCUCUCAUUGGUACGAAAAAUACAGAGAAUGAUAAAUGGUUAA